CGGAAAUGAAACAAAUAUGGCGGAUUAAGUUUUGAUGUUGGGGUACUUCAGCGAAAGGAAAACCUGAAAAACAGAGAGCCAUGGAGCUGAAGGACAGGGCCAGUCCACCUGGUGUGUGGUCUGUCCAGGGUGAACCUGAAGGCAGCAGCAGGGCCUGUCUGUUCACUGAGGACACUGAGGAUGAAGUUAUGCUGGAGGACAGUGUCACAGAUGGAGGCCUAGCCACUCCACCUGAUUUAGAAUGGUUGGAAGAGUUAUACGAGAGUGACCAGGGGGAUGAUGACGGCGAUGGUGACCUCGCACUCGCAGCCGAUACCAGUAACAAGACAAUUUAUGCCGAGACAGCACGGAUGUUCAAGCUGAGACGAAACCUGGACCAGCUGGACCGCAUUCACCGGCAGAAGGAGCAUGACGUGCUGAAAGCCAGACAAGAGCUUAAACUCUGUCUCCAGAACAUUGAGGACUUAUUAGAACUGAGGGAAAACUUGGAGAAAGAGAUUGAGAUGCAGAAAGCUGCAGAGGACAGUGUGGCUGUGUUUCGUUUGCGAGCUCAGCACAAGUGUCUGUGUCAGGAACUGCACAGCGAAGAGGAGCUGGAGGCUCUGAUCAGGACCGACCUCCGACAGCAAGAGCUGGAGUUUUGUGAGAUCGAGGUGGAACUUGGCAGAUUCUCCUCACUCCGGCAGGAGGUGCAGGAGCAGGAACAAACCUUCCAGAUUCUCAAGGCCCAGAAGGCAGCAACAAGACUGCAGCAGGAGAGGAAAGUCAGCCAGAAUCUGCAGCAUUUGAGGAACAAACAGACAGUCACACUGAGGAAAGACGAAGGCGAGUCUCAGAAGAAAAUCGAAGACGGCCGGAUGAACCGCAAGAAAGCCGCCAAGUUCUUGAAAGAGACCAUUCAAAGGAUGCAUCAGCAGGAGGCUGAGAAGGAGCGGCAGAACAAGGAGCUGCUGGAGAAGAGGAUGCAGGCUGUCAAGUCCCUGAAAGCUAACAUCGCAGCCACGCAAGAGAGCUUACGGAUCCAGCAGAACCGAGCCAAAGCCGGCGGCCGGAGGACAGAGCAGCACCAGAGGCAGCUCCGAGAAGCCCUCCAGGCUCAAGGCGUCAACGCCAUCAAGCAUCUGCACCGACAGAAACAACGAGAGGAGAUCCAGCGCAAACAACAGGAAUUCGAAGAGAGGCAGAAGUCAAAGAGGGUGGAAAUUGUGGCUAAAAUCCUUCAGGAGGAAGAGCUCCUGAAGAGGAGGAAGAGGCAGCAGUCGUCUAAAACCACAGCCACAGACCAGUUCCCACCUUUGGGGAAGAGCAGAGAGAAGCUCCAGUACUACCUGCAGCCCAGACCCCCCUCCACCCGCAGCCCCCCCCCACCGUCGGACAGAGCCCUAGUUUCCAGACGGUUUAGUGAAAGCAGUAGCGACCAGUGGGCGACCUCUGACCCUGACGAGGACCAGGAUGAAGUCCCAUCUGAGGCAGCAGGAGGCCAAAGCCUGGUGGACAGCCUGGAGGAGCCGGAGUUCAGCGGGCUGUGGGACCAGAGCUAUAAGAAACCUGUGUUGACGCAGACUGAUGUCAAGCAGGAGGGACCUACGAUGACCGGUGGAAAGCUCAACGUAUCUGCUAAAAAAGGCUGUCAAAAAGAGCUGAAAGGGCCUCCAUUCAUCAGCAAGCCAGAGAUCAUCCUCUUUAAGGACUUUGAAGUGGGGAAAACGUACAAGAAGAAAAUCAUCCUGACCAACAUCAGCUAUGUCACGAACCACUGCAAGCUUCUGACAGUCUCUGCUCGACUCAAAGAUUUCAUCUCCAUCAGCUUUGAGCCUCCUGGUUGUUUGUCACCUGGAAUGUCAUGUGACCUGCAGGCUGUUUUCCAACCCAUGAUUAAUGAGGACCUGGAGGGAGAGCUGGAGUUCUCAUCUACAACAGGUCCCUUCUGUGUGCCAGUUAAAUGCAGCAUAAAGAAAUGUGAUCUGCAGGUUGACAGUCCGUUUGUUGACUUCGGUUCACACGUGGUGGGCCAGACUAUUUCACGGACGAUCACCUUGACCAACAAGGGUGCACUGGCAACUGUCUUCAGCCUGGAUACCUCUGAAAGUCUCCCUCCAGAACCUCACCAUGUCCAAAUGUCACCCCAGGACGCCGCCAAAUGCCAGGAGGAAAACGGUCAGAACAAACCAUGUGAUACUCAGAGGAGCUCUGCGAGUUCUCUGGAAAGUGCAGAAGUCCAACCACAGCAGGAGGAUGAGGAGGGUGUUCAGCCAGUGGAGCAGCAGGAGGAAGCAGCUGCAGGGGCUGAAGCUGUUCCUGAGGUUCUCCUGACCCCUGACGUGGACUCGCAUAUAGAUGAGAACGCUUUAGACUCCACAUCCGAAAUACGGUUAGGAAAUAUGAGAGAGGGGGAGAUUGGACCUUUUCAGAGCGUCAAACUGGAGGUCAUCUUCACACCAACCAUCCCAGGAGAAGCCAGGCUGCUCUUCUACAUCAGAUUCUCAGGCGUAAACAACGAACCAAUACCGAUAGAGGUGAGGGGGGCAGCAGUUAGCAUUCCUGUGUGGGUGUCUGAACCCAGUAUGAACCUAAAGAUCUGCAUGUUCGACCGCCUCUACCAGGACACUGUGGUUGUACAAAGCCGGUAA